AUGGUUGAGGUCAAUUCCCGGAAUCAGGUCAACCAAGCUAAUGUCUCCUCUGUCACAGAGUUCCUCUUGCUGGGAUUCUCCAGCCUUGGAGAAAACCAACUCAUUCUCUUUGCUGUUUUUCUCUGCCUAUACCUGAUUAUCCUCAGUGGGAACAUCACCAUUGUCACUGUCAUCCACCUGGAUUGCAACCUCCAUAUUCCUAUGUACUUCUUCCUAGGGAUCCUCUCCAUCUCUGAGACAUGCUAUACAUUUGUUGUUUUGCCCAAGAUGCUCAUAAACCUGUUGUCUGUACUCAGAACAAUCUCAUUUAUUAGCUGUGCCACUCAGACGUUCUUCUUCCUUGGUUUUGCUGUCACUAAUUGCAUGCUACUGGGAGUGAUGGGUUACGACCGCUAUGCUGCCAUCUGCCAUCCACUUCGCUACCCCAUUCUUAUGAGCUGGCAGAUAUGUGGACAACUGGCAGCCUCUUGCGCUGGGAUUGGCUUUCUGUUCUCAUUGGUAGGAACCCUUUUAGUCUUUAGACUCCCUUUCUGUGGCCCCGGCAAGGUCAACCACUACUUCUGUGACAUCUCACCAGUCAUCCGACUUGCCUGUACUGAUAGCAACAUCAACGAACUGAUCAUCUUCAUUGGUGGAGUUCUAGCACUCAUGGUUCCCAUGACUUUCAUUUGCAUCUCUUAUGGCUUCAUUGUCUGCACUAUCCUGAAAAUCCCAUCAGCUGAAGGCAAGCUAAAAGCCUUCUCUACUUGUGCCUCCCAUCUCACUGUGGUUAUUAUCCACUAUGGCUGUGCUUCCUUUGUCUAUCUUAGACCAUCCUCCAAGUUCUCAUCCAGCAAAGAUAGGCUGGUAACAGUGACCUAUACAGUAUUUACUCCAUUAUUAAACCCCAUGGUGUAUAGCCUCAGGAACAAGGAUGUCCAGAUGGCCAUUCAGAAAGUACUUGGCCGAGGAAAAUGUAAUCCUAAAGUCCUAUAA